GAGGGAGUUGGCUGGGUUUUACUUCAAGAGUGGAGGAAAGCUGAAGGAGAGGCUUGUGGAACUGGUGUCCAAAGAUGGAGGCUUCGCUACUAUACAAGGGAUACAAUGGUGGAUAGGCGCAAAGGAGCCAGGUUUCUUGUUCAAACACUUUGUCGCCGAUAUCGAUCCACAAAAUUUGACGAGUCGCCAGAAAGGAAAGGCUGGUUAUCGAGCUGCGAUCAAGUUGUGGUCUCUCGAUGCUCUCAGGAGCCGCUUGCAAAAGUUGGAGGAGCCCGGAUUCCAGCCAGGAGAAUAUGCCGAGAAAGGAUAUAUUUCAAGGGGCUCGCUGCUGACGGAUGGUUUUGGACUGUAUCUGCUCGGCUUCAAGUUGAGGGAACUGCAAUGUGUGCGGUACAGGAGACUGCCGGCGGAUCGCCUGCCACCACGGAUCACGUCCACGGUCGGAGGGGUGGGCAGGAAAUUCGGCAUGUUAUCCAGACCAAGGAGGAUGUUGCACGGUUGUGGCCCGAGGUCGACCCUCACGAUAUCAAGAUCCUCACGCUCGAUGCUGGACAAGCGUUUGUGGUGGGUGCAUAUGCAUAUCUACCGGAAGAUCCAGAUGCUCACUAUAACCUCGCCGUCAACCAAAAGGCGGUACUCCAAUCAGUGUUCCGGCACAGGAGGUGGCUAGAAGGAGAAAAGGAAGCGACUCUCGACAAGCAGAAAGAAUCGAUUGCCCAUAUCGAAUCCCGACAUCCACUCCUCCGAGGUCCAGGAGCCAAUCUCUUUGAUUACGUUAAGGAGAAGGUCGAGGAGCGGCUUUCCGAGUUUUACAACGGGAACAAGAAUCGAUUCAAGAAGCAUGCUUUGGACAUGGGGAGGGCCAAGCAAGCGGAAUACCAGGCCAUUGCAGCGAGUCUGCUCGGUAUCUUAGGCGGAAGCAUCGGCCGACAUCGGAACCCUGCAAAUCCAGUGUUGAUCGGAGUGGGUCUUGGACGAUUCAAGAGCAUCGGGCGCCUGUCAUCGUUCCAUUCUUCAUUUGGUAUACUUUAUCUCGCUGGCGCAGUCGUUGGGCUAUAUCGUAGUUGGACUAAACGAAUACUACACUUCGAAAAAGUGCCCCGAUUGCGAAAACUUUGUGGCCCAGGUGAACAUCCGCCAAUUUUACUGUAUCCACUGCAAGAGGUAUCACCACAGGGACGUCAUGGCCGCGGAGAAUAUGUCCAAGAUCGUCCGAGGGUAUCAAGAGGACCAGAAGAGACCUCUUUACUACAGCCCAGGACGGCAGACGGCGGGUGCCCCUGGGAGGAAGACACGAGCAUGGCGGCGACGAGCUCCAGCUCCUCCACGAUCGACGCCAGCAGCGCCAGCAGCAGCACAUCCAUGACUACCAGCAGCAGCCGCAGCACUCCCCCCGAAGCCGCAAAAGGGCCUCUUCUGUAUCGAAUCAGUCAAGAGGACUCAACAAGAAAAUGGCCAAAGAGUUUUAGUCUAUCAUUCCAUAGUCAAGACUAGUUUUCGUGUGUCCGGCCACACACAUCACAGUGCUGAUCGCGCACAUUUGUACUAUCUGCUGCCACUAUUUCUUGCGCCAAUUUCAUUACCUCUUUGCCUCGCUGUCUUGGCAUUCGUUCAUACACGUCGCUCCUUGCCAUCACAUCGCAAACCACAGCGACUUACACCAAACAUUGAUCACGAUCACUUCCCUUGGCACCUAAUCAAAGUUAAGUAUUUUCAUGGGGGAUCGAAAAAUCGCGUUCCAUCUUUUUC